AUGUCGACAACACCACGCCAACCAGGAAUGGACCAGGACGGGCGGCGAGGGAGCUGGGCAAGGGCGUUUGAGAAAGUACGGGCAGCCAUGAAGCGACGGAGAUCGAGCAGCAGGACCCUGCUUGCGACCGAUCCUGCUCAUGUUGGAGAGUCGAACGAGGAGAUUUCACAUACGCUCCGUACGCCUACAGAACCUACAGAAACCACACACAUAACUGCUCAACAACCGGAGAGAUCGAGUCCAGCCGCGAUACCCGAAGUAGUACCCGCUGCGAUACAGCCAAACGAGCGAAUACCAGCAGCAGAAACGGGCAUUGAGGUGGACUCGGACGACGACCGUGACGAACCCCUUCUGCCCAUGAUAUCGAGUCGGGCAGGAGUCAGUCAAGACAAAGCUCGCGAGCUGUUCGCGAAGUACGGACUGCACUACGAUGGGAAAGGAAAGCGCGCAAUCCAGGAACCACCUACCAAGAUUCGACGGGUAGAAAAGCCAGUGCGAUUAAGGGUACAUUGGACAUGUCAUGAGUGCCGGACGCAGUUUGGGAUUGAAAAGACAUGCAUCGAGUGUGGACAUCGGAGAUGUAGGGACUGCACGAGACAUCCACCGAAACGAGUGAAACAGAUGUCGGAUGCUGCCAGGGCACAGAUGGCGAGUGGGGAGACGACAGCACCAGAGCCCAGUACUGUACUUGAACAGGCAGAAACAGGAGAGCCAUCAUCUGCAAUCGAUCGAGACCUGGAGGCAUACCAACAGGAGCCAUCUGCAGCACCACAGGGAUUACCAUCUCAACAAGGGGAGGCGAGUCACCCAAAAGACUCUCCGAGGACGUCGGCGGCAGCUGUACCAGGGGAACUUUUAUCGCGACCAGUGGAAUUAGACGACAGUCCUGACGACAAUACCCCCCUGAGCCUGACCACCAUCCAAUACUCUCUGUACGCUCGACCCCGGGCAGGGGUUCAGACUAUACUGAAGCCGAAGGCCCAGCUAUUACGGAGGACUUGCCACAAAUGCGAGACGAUCAUGGCCUCACCCAGUCAAACAGGCUGUUCAAAUUGUGGCCACAUACGGUGCGAGCUCUGCCCACGCUACCCACCAACACAACCAAAAUGGGCCUCUCAACUACGGCAACUCUCCCAGGAAGAAGUGCCCAUGGUCCAAACCGUCCAGCGCGUCUACCGCAAACCCCGACAACGAGUCCGAUACACCUGCGAGAACUGCAACACGCUGUUCGUAGACACGGAUCGAUGCACAGAAUGCGGCCACGAGCGGUGUCGCACUUGCCGCCGAGAACCACCCAAGCGCGCGCCUGUUGUGCACGAUCCGGAAGUUCUCCAGGCUGUUGCUAACCGACUUGCUGGAUAUGGAGGUGCUCGUGGAUUUGAUCGCCCGAAUCAGAGUAUUGCUGCUUCGGCUGGGUGA